GCCCCGCGUCCUCAUGGUGCCGGGUCAGGGCGACGAGGGCGCCGCUGCUCCGGCGGCGGGCGGGCAGGAGCCGGAGGUGCAGCCGGGCCAGGAGGACGGGUCGGGUGCGGGGCAGCCGUGCCUGUGCCCGGCGCCCGGCAUUGAGGCGGCGGGCGCCGAGGAGCGCCGCGCUUGUGACUGCAGCUCGGGCUUGCCCUGGCCGCGCUGCUGCGAGGCAGCUGGAAUAAAGAAGAAAGCUGCAUGUCCAGGACUUGGUCUGUUUUAUACCGUACUGUCUGCCUUCCUUUUCUCAGUGGCCUCUCUAUUUCUUAAAAAACUGGAAGAUAUACAUUCAGUGGAAGUGAGUGCAUUUCGAUGUAUUUUCCAAAUGGCAUUCGUUCUUCCUGGUUUAAUAUAUUACAAAACAGGGUUUUUGGGACCAAAAGGUAAAAGAAUUUUUCUUUUCUUCCGAGGAUUCCUUGGCUCUACUGCAAUGAUUCUUCUCUACUACGCUUACCAAGUCAUGCCACUGGCUGAUGCCACUGUUAUAACUUUUAGCAGUCCUGUUUUUACGUCAUUGCUGGCGUGGAUCUUUCUCAAAGAGAAAUACAGUCCUUGGGAUCUUCUGUUUACCCUCUUUGCAAUCACUGGAGUGAUUCUUAUUGCUAGACCACCAUUUCUGUUUGGGUCACAUGCUGCAGGGAUUGAAGGAAGUUACACAAAUCACCUUAAAGGAACUAUAGCAGCAAUUGCAAGCACAGCAUCUACAGCUUUGACUAUUGUUAUACUAAGGAAGGUGGGAAAAUCUGUGCAUUAUUUUUUGUCAAUUUGGUAUUAUGCAGUCAUUGGUUUAAUUGGAUGUGUUAUAGCAUUGUUUGUUUUGAAUGAAUGGCGUUUACCACACUGUGGUAAAGAUAGAGUUUUUCUAAUAUUAAUAGGCUUGUUAGGUUUAGGGGGUCAGAUAUUUCUCACAAAAGCAUUACAGAUAGAGAAAGCUGGACCUGUAUCCAUAAUGAGAACAAUGGAUGUGGUUUUUGCUUUUAUUUUGCAAAUUCUUUUUCUCAAUCAUCUGCCAACUUGGUGGACUGUGGGUGGUGCCCUGUGUGUAGUAGCCAGUAGUUCUGGAACCGCCAUUCGCAAGUGGCGACAAAGCGUGAAAAAAGCUAAACAAAGUGAAAUCUAAGAGUAUAGACGCUAAUUCGUUGCAGAAACAAGCAAUCUUGAGAUAUAUAUAUACACACAAUAUUUAUUUAUUUUAAACAUCCCAUUUACCAAAUUGUAGUACCAAAUUAUAUCCAAUAAAAUAAAUGGAUUUUUUUUUUUAUUUUAAA